AUGAGUUUGGAAUCAGAGGUGAGGAAUCUGACGUGCGAUUGUCCCAUUGACAGCUUCAAGCGCACCGUGUUUCCUGCUGCAUACCUGCUCUUCUUCUUCUUGGGCCUGAUAGCCAACAGUGCCUCCCUCUGGGUCUUUCUGAGCAUGUACAGGAGGAAGAGGAGUAUCACCACAGUCAACCUGUACAUGUUGAACCUGCUGUUGUCAGACCUCAUGCUGGUGUGCUCACUGCCACUCAGGGCAGCAUACUACCUGCUGGACUCCCAUUGGCCGUUUGGGGACAUCACCUGCCGCCUGGUCUCCUACGUAUUCUAUAUCAACAUGUAUGGCUCUGUCUACUUCCUGCUGGCCCUGAGUGUCCUCCGUUACCUGGCCGUAUCGCGCCCCUAUACGUUCAUGAAUCUGGAGGGGGGAUCCUGUGGUUGGGGAGGGUGUCUACUCAUCUGGAUCUUUGUGUCCCUGGCCUCCGCACCCCUACUGAGUUCUGGGACUGUCCAGGAGGGGGAAGAGCGGACCCGCUGUCUGGAAUUGGGCAGCAGCCUUGGCACCAUCAUCGUCCUGAACCGUGCUGCCCUGGUGGUUGGCUUCACCCUGCCCUUCACUGUCAUCUCUGUCUGCUACGCGUGUGUUCUGCUCAGCUUGAGGCAGUGUAGGGCUGGGGUGGAGGGGAUGAAGAGGCCCUCCAGGAGGAAGUCUUGUGCCCUCGUUAUCCUCGGUCUCGGCAUCUUCAUGAUCUGCUUCUUGCCCUAUCAUGUAGUACGAACCUUCUUCCUGGCAGCAGAGCGGAAUGCUCAGCUAAAUGGUUGUGUGGAUUCUUGCAGCUAUCUCCAAGGGAUUCGGAAGGCCGCCGUGGUAACGCUCUGUCUUGCAGCAGGGAACAGCUGCCUGGACCCCUUCCUUUUCUUCUUUGUGGGAGAAAACUUCAGAGAUUUCUGUAUGAAAAAUGGUAGGAGACAGAGGAGAGUUGUUAACAACACAGAGAGGCAGAGGCUUCAAGUGCUGCAGCCCAUUGAAUUAACAGUAAAUUGA